UCAUCCACGUGGAACAGCGCAGCAGUUUUAGGGGUGGGGCACUUUUACAUUUUAUAGUUUAGCAAAAUGGAUCCAGCAACUUUUGAAAGUUUUAAGCAGCAACUGUCUAAAGAAAGCUUUAGCAGUGGGAAGCUCAGUGUAGUGAAGUCUUUUACUGACAAGUACUUCUUCAAUGGACCUCAAGUGGCUCAGACAUUAAAGUUGUUCUCAUUCAAUUCUGAUCAACUGAAAUUUUUAGAAGCAGUCGAGCCACGUAUGAUGCCAUUAAAUGGUCAAGAAGGCAAAGAUAUUGUAUUGUGCUUUGCUCAUGCAAGUGACAAGCUGAAAGCAGUUGACAUGAUUGCAGAUCACAUUUACGAUCCAACCAAGAAAUAUGAUGUAUUGGACGCCAUUGAUUUUAAAUUUGAUAAAGAGAAAGCAAGAGCUAGACUUGAUAAAGCUGUCUUUAAACCAACUACUGGAUGCCCGACCAGCUGUCCCACUGUCCCACCUUCAUGCCCACCUGGCCAAUAUCCUCCUGGACAAUAUCAUCCUGGGCCACCAGGACCCCCUGGACAAUAUACCCCAGGACCCCCUGGACAAUAUACCCCAGGACCCCCUGGACAAUAUACCCCAGGACCCCCUGGACAAUAUCCACCAGGACCCCCGGGACAAUACACCCCUGGACCCCCUGGACAAUACCCUCCUGGGCAAUAUCCUUCUGGACCCCCUGCGCAAUAUCCACCUGGACAAUAUCCUCCUGGACCCCCUGCACAAUAUGUUUAUCCUCCUGGACCCCCUGGUCAAUAUCCACCCCCUCCAGGGGCUUCUGGUCAGUAUCCUCCUGGACAAUACGGAGGGCAGUAUCCUGCUCCAGUUCAGUAUCCUCAAUACCCUCCUCCACCUGGCCAGUACCCCUCUUAUCCACAUCCUUAGUGAUUAUUAAUGGGUAACUCCAUAACUGAAAAUAUAAACUGUGUGUGUUUGAAGCUCCCCUAUUUCUAUUUUUAAAGUUAUUACUUUUGAUUUGAUAUUUUGAAACAAUCAUUAUGAAAAUUUUUUUAAAAGUUAUAAUGUAUUAUUAUUAUUAUUAUGUGUGUGUGUGUAUGACAGGCUGUUGUUGAUUAAACAAACUUUUGUUACAACUACAAUGUAUGAUAUAUAUAUAUAUAAACCAGUAAUACCUUUAUUGCAGACAUUUCAUACCAACUUGUUAAA